UGAAAGGCCUUUCAAAUAAGCACAAAAUAUUUUUCAUGUCAUAUGCACUUUAACAGACUAUCAUUGAAAACUUGAACUCGCUCUGUAGGGUACGUUAGUUACAUAAACACUGGUGUGUUUUAAAGAAAAUUCAAGACUGCUUUUUGAACACAUAUAUUUUAACAUGUUUUGUGUGAUAUCUCAACAAUGUACCUGGAUGUGUUAACUAUUCCCUUACCACCAGUGAAAACCAUCUAUUCAAACCCUCCAAGAUUAUCUGGGAGUCUUCCAAAUACAGACCAAAUCAUACAGUCUCCUGAACAUUUGCCAAAUUUCCUGAUACAAAGGAAAGGGCUUAAAGUAUACAUGUAUUAACAAAUUUUUUUAGGUCAAGAACAAGGUAAAAUUGGCAAUCUCCCAGAUUUUAAGUUUUCAUGUUGCCAUCUCUGUAUACUUUCAUAAUGGUAUUGGCUGUCUUAUAUAAUUUAUUCCUCGUUAUUUCUCAGAACAUACCAUCAGCACCUAGACUAGAGCCUCUGCCAAACCUUGCCAGGUAUCAAGAAAAGCAAAGAAGUCUUCCUUACACAUCUACAGCGGGAAAGCCGAAAUCCCCAACACCACCUCUUUCGUCUGAACCAGAUAGGAAAAAGACCUGUCGAAGAGAUGUUGUGGAGCCCCUUGAAAGGACAUCGUCUCCAUUGCCAAACCUACCAGAUGACUUGAAAACCAAACAAGAAAAAAUUGAUUCUGUUGCACAAGUUAAUGCUAAAAGUGUACAGAGGCACACAUCACCAAAGCAGACUUCACUCAGUAAUGGCACUGGUACACUGGUGGGGGAGACAGAUGUUAUACCUGAGGGUUUAAGAGACCCACUUCAGAUCAUCAGCUUGAUUAAGGAGAAUUCUAAACUGGGGUUUCUUUACAUGACACCAGCUGUGGAUCGGUCAUCCAUUGAAUACAAUCCGUACAACCUCAAGAUUGUUAGGCAUUCAGAAAUCAACCAUUCUGAUUACUACACAAUAAGUUCUGAAGGAGUUACUCACAUACGUGACAAUGAAGCAGAGUUUACUGCCCUUGAAAGGUGGGAGAAGGAGUACACAGACUACAAAAGACUUGUCAAAAUUCCAACAUUUGCUAACUUCAGGAUGUGGAAGGCCUUUGUUGUGUGGAGAAAGAAUGUAAAGACAAAAAAGGUGACUCAAUGCAAAAACCAGCUGCAGGAAAAUCUUUUCAUUGUUAAUGCAUCACUGCGCCCAGCCCUUUUAAAUGUUCGUGAAAUGUGUUACCGCAUUAGUGACAUGGGACUGUGCAGGGUGGAGAAGGGACACACUUACACUUUGGAUGAGUUCCGCAAUGCUCAAUUUGAACAGCUGGAGGAAGUUGCUGGAAGACUGGCAGAGUUCCGUGACCUUGUAAAAGAAGUUGUAAGAAGUGCAUGUCGGACAGCGUUACUAGAGGCAGGGUUUACCCCUGAUGAUUACUUUAUGGAUAUGGACAGUCCCAUGGGCAUGUAUGCAGAUGAAUAUGGGGGUCCUGCACAGUCAAUGUCUUCUUAUUUAAUGCCAAGUGGAUAUGAGAUGGAUAUGUAUGGUGAUGCACCAGACAAGAUGACAUAUACUGAACAGGCCAAUAAGAGAAGUCAUUGCAAAAGACUCACAAGCUUUAUCCGGCUUGCUGACUACCUGAUAGUAAAUACCAUGCACGUCCUUGCAGCAAACUCGGUAGCCACUCUGCUCAACUAUCUAGAGGAACAAUUGCAGCACACACCCAGCCCCUCGCAAAUCCAGGGAACAACUGAAGAGACAGGGUCAGAAGGAGAGAAAGCUGAGGGAGAGGGUGUGGAGCAAAAGGAUGAACAAGGUGAACUUCAUCCACUGUACACAACAGAGCUGCUUCUAGAGCCUCAAGCACUGCUAUUUUCCCCUGGAUUAGAUGACUUUCAAGAUGGACUGGGAGAAGUUAUCAAGAAAUUUCAAGAUGCUGUCCUUAGUGUACAAAACUUGGUGCCUGAUACUUACUUUGACGCAUUUACUCAGCCAUUUAUCAACGGUAAAGUUGAGGAGAAAACUGCUGGUGAUGGGCCAAGCUUAGCUACAAUGUUUGAAGAUGACAGACACCUUCAGGGAAUUAUACAGAGUAUCAAGGAUGCCAUCUCAUCAGCAUUUGAUUCUGCCUGGCAGUAUGCCAGUACCUUUGAACCUUAUCGCCAGUUUUACCAGGAGAAUGAGAGUUUGGAUCUGGAUGCCAUCAGACAGGAAGAACAUGAUGUUACAUUCUUCUCUGAAUCAUUGGACAAAUACAACAGUGAGCACGAACAAGCAGUUGGCAUCCUGGAGCAAAGGCCAAUUGGCAUGAUCCUUGUUGACUGCAAGAAGCUUAAGGAAGUUCUAAUUCCAUCCCCCUUGAAGUGUUUGGAAGUUAUAAAUGACAUUUUACCCAAGUUGGCCAAGAAGAGAACUGAUACACUGAUGGAAUUCUGUCAAGAUGCCCAGUUUAAACUGGAAGCCAUUCCCAGCAGCACAGUAGAGUAUGUUGAAAGCCUCACAUUUCUUGACACCAUUCAAGAGAAAGUUGAUGACAUUGAACGAGAUGCCACUGUUGUCAAAGAGCUGUACGACUUGAUUGAGACAUAUAAAGUCCCAACACCACCUGAAGAUCUUGCUGUGUACCAGACUCUAAGACCAACUGUCACAGCUGUCCGUAAUGUCAUUGACAAGUCACUGGCUGAGAGGGAUGCCAAUAUUGACAAGAUGUGCACACAUAUUGAUAAAGAUAUUGUUACCCUGGGCAAAGAAGUUAAAGAAGUGAAACAAAAAGCACAGGACCCCAAGAUCUUAGACUCCAGCUCCCAGUCAGAUGACAUUAUCCAAUACCUUGGAGCUCUCUUAGAGAAAAUGGAAAACCUGAAUAAUCUGGCAUUCACUUUCAAGUCAUACCAAAAGAACUUUAAGGUACUGGUACUAAUCCAAAUCUUCUGCUGUGGACACUGUAUUUAGAUACUUGUAUGUUAAGUAAUAGCCAUCAUUGCCUUGUGAUAAUGUGACUUGGCAUUAGGCUAACUCUCUGAAUGUUUGAACAAGGUGUUUUCUUGCACUCAGUA